CUUAGGCUGUCUGUCCCUCGCCCUCAGCAACUCUGCAGGCAAGAAACUCUUCUCUCUUGUUAUUAACUUUAAAGUUGACCUUUUGGAGUUUGCACUUUCUAAACUUUGAGAGGUCCCACAGCACCUGACCAACCCACCCCACACCAACACCACCCCUGGGUGUUUGUCCUGAGAGCUGGGAGCAGACAGGAAGAUAAGCCAGGCCUGACGGAGAAGAAGCUACCACCGAGGCCGACCGGGACAAAAGGAUAUCAGUGGAGGACGGGAACACAGCACCAGGAGGAGAAAACACACAGCAAGCAGGAGUUGUUAGCGGGAGGAGUGUUGACGUUUGACCCAAGAUGAGUUCGUACACAGUGACUCUGAAUGGCCCUGCUCCAUGGGGCUUCAGACUACACGGAGGAAAGGACUUCAACAUGCCACUCACCAUCUCCAGGAUAACUCCGGGGAGCAAGGCGGUGGGCGGCAGCUUGGCCCAGGGCGACAUCAUCUCAGCCAUCGAUGGGGUCACCACCGAGGGGAUGACGCACAUGGACGCCCAGAACAAGAUCAAGUCUGCCUCCAACACACUGGCACUCACCAUGCAGAAAUCAAGACGUGCAGCAGCAUUUUCAACUCCAAGAAUGGACUCCCCCAUGCCAGUCAUCCCCCACCAGAAGGUUAUCGCAAACACAGCUGCAAAUAUGGAGUACACCCCCAGCUUCAACCCCAUUGCUCUGAAAGACUCGGCCCUGUCCACCCACAAGCCCAUUGAGGUGAGGGGUCCGGGUGGAAAGGCCACCAUUGUUCACGCCCAGUACAACACACCAAUCAGCAUGUACUCACAGGACGCCAUCAUGGACGCCAUUGCAGGGCAAUCGCAGACUAAAGGGCACGACAGCGAAGAGGUGGGCUCCCCCUUGUCUGGAUCUCUGCCCAUCAAGGACCCCGUGGUAGACUGUGCAUCUCCAGUUUACCAGGCAGUGAUCAGGCCAUUAGGAGAUACGAACGAUAGUAUGUCUGAAUGGGCUCGUCGUGCUGCCAAUCUGCAGUCCAAGAGCUUCAGGAUGCUGGCCCACAUCACUGGAACUGAAUACAUGCAAGACCCAGAUGAGGAGGCACUGGCGAAGUCGAGAGAGAAGUUUGAGUCAGAGGUGAAAGGUCCCCGCUUUGCCAAGCUGAAGAACUGGCACCAAGGACUGUCUUCACAGAUCCUCAACGUCCAGGAAUAAAGAAGAGGAGGAAAAAGAAGAGGAGGACAUGUAAAGGAAGAAAUGGACAAAAGCACAGGAGUAAAAAGGAAAAGGGGAUAAAUUAUGGAAGGAUAAAAAAGGAACAGGAGGAGGAGGAAACUCCUCAGGAAUGUGAGAUAGUGUUGUAGCCUAGAUUAGUAUGUGAGAUAUUAACUGUUAGUGUGAGAAUGCUAUGUGUUCAUAAGCUCAAUAUCACCUGUCAAAUGUAUCCGUCCGCUGCUAAACCUGAUCUCGAUUUGGGUUUUUCUUUCUCUCUUUUUUUCAGUUUGUUUUAGUUCUGUCUCUCUUAAAUCAAAGGGAAAUUGUACAAAAAAUAAUCAAAUGCAGAACUGAUGUUUCUUUUAGUACAUAAACGGCAUUCACAAACGUAUGAGUUUUAACACUAAGCAUGCUUGUGAGAAAGCAAAAGAUGCACACAUAGAGAUUUACCUACAUGCACAAAUACAGUAUGUAAAAACGCACUCACAAAUGUACUUAUAUCAAUGUGAAUAAAUGUUUUCUUAAAACCAAA